GAUUCCGAUUCCGCAGCCUCUACUUUUCAAAAUCUGCCACCCAUUUCCAGACUCACAGACUCACACAGAACAAAGCUGUAGCCACACGCCGCCGCCGCCACCAUGUGUGGAAUUCUCGCCGUCUUGGGCUGCGCCGACAACUCUCAGGCCAAGCGGUCUCGCAUUAUCGAACUCUCGCGCCGAUUGCGGCAUCGCGGUCCUGAUUGGAGCGGGUUGCAUUGCCAUGGAGAUUGUUACCUUGCUCAUCAGCGAUUGGCUAUUGUGGACCCUGCCUCAGGAGAUCAGCCGCUCUACAACGAGGACAAGACCGUCAUUGUCACGGUUAAUGGUGAGAUAUAUAACCACAAGCAGUUGAGAGAAACAUUGAAGGGUCAUCGAUUCCGAACUGGCAGUGACUGUGAAGUGAUAGCACAUCUUUACGAGGAACAUGGGGAAGAAUUUGUUGACAUGCUAGACGGGAUGUUCUCCUUUGUCCUCCUUGAUACAAGAGACAACACUUUCAUGGCGGCUCGAGAUGCUAUUGGCAUUACCCCACUUUACAUGGGUUGGGGUCUUGAUGGAUCAAUUUGGUUUGCUUCAGAAAUGAAAGCUAUAAGUGAUGAUUGUGAAAGAUUCAUAUCUUUUCCUCCUGGGCAUCUAUACUCUAGCAAACAAGGAGGGCUGAGAAGGUGGUACAAUCCAGAAUGGUUUUUGGAGAAGAUACCAUCAUCUCCUUAUGAUCCCAUUGUUUUACGCCAGGCUUUUGAGAAGGCUGUGAUAAAGAGACUUAUGACAGAUGUACCAUUCGGUGUUCUUUUGUCCGGAGGAUUGGACUCGUCACUCGUUGCUGCUGUGGCUUGUCGCUAUUUGGCUAAAUCAGAAGCUGCAUGUCAGUGGGGGUCACAAUUACAUACCUUUUGCGUUGGCUUAGAGGGUUCUCCAGAUUUAAAAGCAGCAAGAGAAGUUGCUGAUUAUCUUGGAACUCAUCAUCACGAGUUUCACUUUACUGUUCAGGAAGGCAUAGAUGCACUUGAAGAAGUUAUCUACCAUAUUGAGACAUAUGAUGUGACCACUGUCAGAGCCAGCACUCCAAUGUUUCUUAUGUCUCGUAAGAUAAAAUCUCUGGGAGUAAAAAUGGUCCUUUCUGGUGAAGGUUCAGAUGAAAUCUUUGGUGGCUACUUGUAUUUCCACAAGGCACCAAACAAGGAGGAGUUUCACCAAGAAACAUGCCAGAAGAUUAAAGCUCUUCACCUGUACGACUGUCUGAGGGCCAACAAAUCGACUUCAGCUUGGGGUGUUGAGGCUCGAGUACCGUUUCUUGACAAAGAAUUCAUCAAGACUGCUAUGGACAUUGAUCCAGAAUGGAAAAUGAUCAGGCCUGAUCUUGGGAGAAUUGAGAAGUGGGUCUUGCGCAAAGCAUUUGAUGAUGAUCAGAAGCCAUAUUUACCAAAGCACAUCUUGUACAGGCAGAAGGAGCAGUUUAGUGAUGGUGUCGGUUACAGCUGGAUUGACGGCUUGAAAGAUCAUGCCAACAAACAAGUAACAGAUUCAAUGCUGAUGAACGCAAGCUUUGUCUACCCUGAAAACACUCCGACUACAAAAGAAGGAUACUACUAUAGGACUAUCUUUGAGAAAUAUUUUCCAAAGAAUGCUGCGAGAUCGACAGUUCCUGGUGGUCCAAGUGUGGCAUGCAGCACAGCAAAAGCUGUGGAGUGGGAUGCGGAAUGGUCCAAGAACCCUGAUCCAUCUGGUCGUGCUGCACUUGGUAUACAUGCAGCUGCGUAUGAGGAAUCCAAAGAUGUGAAGACUGGAAGUCUUGUGAGUGACUCUCCACAGAAACUUGUAAAAGGGGUUGCAGAGAAAGUGGCUGCAGUAGUUUGAGUGGGAUGAAAAAGAUGAGACCAGAAGGCCUUGUUGGAAUCCGUCAAGACUGUUAGCAAUUUAUAUAACUAGGAAGGCCUUGCUAUCGUCUCUUUGAUGAGACCAGACUAGUUGAUGCUUAUAUUUUCAAUCUGUAAUUUUCUUUGACCACGACAGGAUUAUGUUAUCGGUUCAACAUGUAUACAAUUUAGAUAGGUUUCUACUUUUAUGAUGUUUCUUCAAUCCUUCAUCUAUAGAAUGCGGUUCUGAUUUUCCAUUA